GGCAAUUCAGUUAAUUUCUAGAAGAUGGCUGAACCUGCAGGAAUACCAGAGCAAGAAAUUGAUGUCUGACAAUGGAGUGAAGGUUCAGAGAUUCUUUGUGGCAGGCACUGCAAAUGAAGCUCUCGAGGCUGCUAAGAGACUAAAUGCAAAAGAAAUUGUUUUAAAAGCUCAGAUCUUAGCAGGAGGAAGAGGAAAAGGAGUCUUCAAUAGUGGGCUGAAAGGAGGCGUUCAUUUAACAAAAGACCCUAAAGUUGUGGAACAGCUGGCUAAACAGAUGAUUGGAUAUAAUCUAGCAACAAAGCAAACUCCGAAAAAUGGUGUGAAAGUUAACAAGGUUAUGGUGGCUGAAGCCCUGGACAUUUCCAGAGAAACAUACUUGGCAAUUCUGAUGGAUCGGGCUUGCAAUGGCCCCGUUCUGGUGGGCAGUCCCCAGGGCGGCAUUGACAUAGAAGAGGUGGCAGCUUCUUCUCCAGAACUUAUUUUUAAGGAGAAAAUUGACAUUUUUGAAGGGAUAAAGGACAGCCAAGCACAGCGGAUGGCAGAAAAUCUAGGCUUCCUUGGGCCUUUGAAAAAUCAGGCUGCAGAUCAAAUUAAGAAGCUAUAUAAUCUCUUCUUGAAAAUUGAUGCUACUCAGGUGGAAGUGAAUCCCUUUGGUGAAACUCCAGAAGGACAAGUUGUGUGUUUUGACGCCAAGAUAAACUUUGAUGACAAUGCAGAAUUCCGACAAAAGGACAUAUUUGCUAUGGAUGACAAAUCGGAGAAUGAGCCCAUUGAAAAUGAAGCUGCCAGAUACGAUCUGAAAUAUGUAGGAUUGGAUGGAAACAUUGCUUGCUUUGUAAAUGGUGCUGGGCUGGCCAUGGCUACCUGUGACAUCAUCUUCCUUAAUGGUGGAAAGCCAGCCAACUUCUUGGAUCUUGGUGGUGGAGUAAAGGAAGCCCAAGUGUAUCAAGCAUUUAAAUUACUCACAGCUGAUCCUAAGGUUGAAGCCAUCCUUGUCAAUAUUUUUGGUGGAAUUGUGAACUGUGUCAUCAUUGCCAAUGGCAUCAUCAGAGCCUGUCAGGAGCUACAACUCAAGGUGCCCUUGGUGGUCCGGCUUGAAGGAACCAAUGUCCACGAGGCUCAGAACUUGCUUAAUAACAGCGGACUCCCCAUUACUUCAGCUGUUGACCUGGAAGAUGCAGCCAGGAAGGCUGUGGCCAGCGUGGCAAAGAAGUGAGGUCCGUUGGAAGAGAAGUCCAUAUUUUCCA